UAGGUUUCCUUUCUUUUUUUUUUUGCUCUUCGUUUCCACGGUGCAAAAAGGCGUGCAGCGGGUUGACUUGCAGCCUGAUAGGGGGCUAACAGGCGCUAAAAAGUUCAUGUUCAGGGUCGUCCAUCGCUAGGGUAAGCCUGGCAGGUGGUGCCAGAGCGCUGUAGCAGCGGCACUAGCGCACCAAGCUGCCUAUAGCGAGGCGGCAGAUGCUGACCUGAGAAAAAAUUGCACAACGCAGGGCUUGGAUCAAACCAUGAACAUGUAAUCAACCAGGCAGGCUAGUAUCAUGGCAUUAGUAAAAUGCUUGGGUGGGCUGGGGAUUUAUUACUGCUGCUGCUGCUGCUACCACUACCUACUACUGCUAAUUAUUUCAUGGUGGUUAUUACCUCUAUUUCGUUUUAGGGUUGCUUUGUUGUUCUGCGUAAUUCCGUCAGUCUAUCUGGUACUUAAAACUUGGCACAUCCAAAGGUGUUUAAUCUGCCUCUAAAGCGUCAGCGAGUGACAGGCACUACCUCGCUAGGUAGGUAGGUACCGGUACCUCAUUGCGGAGCAAAGGAGACAAAGCGAAAGGCGUCUUUGUGGUCAAGAGCCAUCGCAUUUCCGUGGUCUCCCCUCUGGCGUUUGCUGCUGAAAGGGGCCGUUGCAAGUACCCUGUACCCCAUCCCACGAUAAGCGCUGACGGCCUCAGUGCCCCGCCAUGUAUCGGCUACCAGUGACGUAUGUAGGGCUGCGCAGACUUCUACAGCGUUUCCAACCCGCGCACUUUGUAUUGAAUAUCGCGUUUUUCUUAUCAGUGCCAGGCACCCAAAAUAGGCACCCAAAGGCAGCCUGCGCUGCCCGCCUUAUACAGGCAGUAGUAGCAUGUUUUUCAUUGUGGCGGCUAAGCCCACUAGGUCCUAUCUGUAUUUCCUCAGAAAGUGAGAUCAGAAUCCUUCGCAUCAAGGGGCUUGAAGAAUAGAUAUCAACCAUCUGCCAUCUUACUCCGUCCUUCCGACUUGGGAGGAUUAAGAAUACCUUACGUGAUUGGAAUUGUAGACAGGCCAGAAGAGCUCCUCGGUGAAAGUUUCAUUUGAAUCCAGACAAGGGAGGAAUAGCCGGAUACAUGUAUUAUCGCUCAACUUUAUUGAUUGUUGCCCCCUACCUACCUAUGGAACGAUGGAAG